AUGGCUAAGUCAUCAUCAAAGGGAGACAAGAAAUUGUCUAAAAAGGAUGUUAAAAAACAAGUUACAAAAGAAAGUUCAAGUGAAUCAUCAUCAAGUUCAGAAAGUUCUUCUGAUGAAUCAAGUAGUAGUAGUUCUAGUUCUGAUAGUGAAUCAGAUGAAGAAGAAACUACUGUUAAAACUAAGGUUGUAAAGAAAAAAGAAUCAUCAUCCUCAUCAUCAUCAUCAAGUUCAUCAUCAAGCUCAUCAUCUAGUUCUUCUGAAUCUGAAUCAGAUGAAGAAGAAGAAGUUAAAACUAAGACUAAGAUUGUUAAGAAAAAAGAAUCAUCAUCAUCGUCAUCAUCCAGCUCAUCGAGCUCAUCAUCUAGCUCUUCUGAGUCUGAUUCAGAUGAAGAAGAAGAAGUUAAAAAAGAAAUUAAAAUAACUAAGAAAGAAUCAAGUUCAUCGGAUAGUGAUUCAGACAGUGAUUCUAACUCUUCAUCAUCUAGUUCAUCUAGUUCAUCUAGUUCAUCUAGCUCAUCAUCAUCAUCAUCAUCAUCAAGCUCAGAUUCAGAUUCUGAUUCUGAUUCUGAUUCUUCAUCAGAUGAAGAAGAAGAAACUUCCAACAAAAAACGUAAAGUUGAAGAAGAACCAAUCCCAUCAAAAACAAAUAAAAAAUCCAAAACUGAAGAAGUUAUAGAAUCAACUUCAUCAUCAUCAACAGCUUCAUCAGAAGUUGAACCAGCUACAUUAUUUGUUGGUAGAUUAUCAUGGAAUAUAGAUGACGAUUGGUUGUAUAGAGAAUUUGAACCAAUUGGAGGUGUAAUUGGAGCAAGAGUUAUAAUGGAAAGAGAUUCAGGUAGAUCAAGAGGUUAUGGAUAUGUUGAUUUUUCAAGUAAAGAAGCAGCUGAAAAAGCUUUGGCUGAAUAUCAAGGUAAAGAAAUUGAUGGUAGACCAAUUAAUUUAGAUAUGUCAACAAGUAAACUACAUGCAUCAAAAUCAAAUGAUAGAGCUAAACAAUUUGGUGAUAAACAAUCUCCUCCAUCAGAUACAUUAUUUAUUGGUAAUUUACAUUUUGAAGCUAAUAGAGAUAAUUUAUUUGAAAUAUUUGGAGAAUAUGGUAAUGUUAUAUCAUGUAGAUUACCAACUCAUCCAGAUACUCAACAACCAAAAGGAUUUGGAUAUGUUCAAUUUUCAUCAAUUGAUGAAGCUAAAGCUGCUUUGGAAGCAUUAAAUGGAGAAGUUAUAGAAGGUAGACCAUGUAGAUUAGAUUAUUCAGCACCAAGAGAUAAUAAUAAUAGUCCAGGAGGUUUUAGAGGUGGUAGAGGUGGAGGAAGAGGUGGAUUUGGAGGUAGAGGUGGUUCAAGAGGUGGAUUUGGUGGUAGAGAAAGAUCUGCCACUCCAACUGGAACUCCAAGAAAAUCAACUGAAUUUAAAGGUACUAAAAAAACAUUUGAUUAA